GUAUACAAUAAUAUUCCAAUAGCUCCAUCUAAAAUGUUUUUAAGAAAGGCUUAAUCAGAAUGUAAAAUAAUGACGCCUCGACAAUUAGAUACGGAAUAUACAUUGUGUUUGGAGAGCAUAUAGGUGAGCAGCGAUGAAGCAGGUACAUACAGGUGUAGAUGGACUUCCGUCUUUAGGCCAUUCAUUUCUACGUUCACUUCUCCCAAUACAUGUUCAAAGUAAACCAGGCUAAUAAGAUUCAUAGUGGGAGGGUAGAAAGCCGUGUAGCCUAUCUAACAUUCAGACGCACACUCCAACAAGAAGCCAGAUAAAGAGAGCGGAGAAAACAGCCACUAAUGGGCAUCACACACAAGCACGCAUGUAGGUGUGGUGUAAAGAACAAGAGUUGUGUCUGAAUGGAGUUGAGCCCAGUGUAAUUUCAGGUGCGUAUAAGAGCGUCAUGGAUAAAGCGAAACUAGCGCAGCUGAGAUCAACGAUAGGGAAUGUCGGGGACGCGUUAGUCAUCAUGAGCCUCGGUGCCGACACCGGUGCUUUUAGAGUCUGUUUUUCGUCGUCGUGAUGGUUUAGUGAUGAAGAAUUUCGAGACGCACAGGACGCCGUGUCUUCACACCGUAGUGCACUUGUUUCUCUUACUGACUUCCACUGAUCGGUUUGGGUGAGACGGACUUAAACAUGGAUACGCCGAGGGAAACCAGGAAACAAACAAUCAAAGCCAAAUCAACCAAGCGCAAAAAUAAGACGCACAAGUCCCAGAAGCUGUUCAGAAGGAAAUCGUUGAAAUCGCUGGGAAAUUUUAUGAGUAGGAUUGUCAAAACUUUGGGCACUUUAGCACACUUGGGGGACGCGGACCAGCCGGACGCGGCGGAGGAUGAUGAUGGAGGGUUUGGGGACACUCUGAGCGCCCACAACUCUGGGAAUUACAAAGAAAACUCGACGAGGAAGACAGCUGCGCCCCCAUCAUCUUAUGGAUCUGUGAAAGAAAGACUGUCAUGGUGCUACGGCGAGAAAACUCCGGGAGUUCAGGGUCUGAAAAAUCACGGAAACACCUGUUUCAUGAACGCCGUGGUGCAGUGCCUGAGUAACACGGAACUUCUGGCAGAGUAUUUGGGUCUGGAGCAGUAUAAAUGUGAAUUAUAUGAGCGGAGGAUCAACGGGAUGAUGAAGAGUGAGGAGGUCAGGGGGGAGGUGACGGAGAAGCUGGCAUCGCUAGUGAGGGCGCUCUGGACGCUCGAUUACACGCCUCAGCUGUCGGUGGAAUUUAAGAGUGCUGUGUCCAAGUAUGGCUCUCAGUUCAAGGGGAACGCUCAACAUGAUGCUUUGGAGUUUCUGCUCUGGCUCCUGGACCGUGUGCAUGAGGAUGCCAACCUCUCCACCAACAACAACCACAGCAGCAGAACCAAAUCAUCCAGCAAGGGUCCUGUGGAACUGGAAGAGAGUCCAUGCCCCGGCCCAGCAAACUCACAGCAGCCUGGAACUCGACACAGUUUCGUUCAGGAGCACUUCCAAGCUCAGUACAGGUCAUCACUGACGUGCCCUCAUUGCCUUAAACAGAGCAACACCUUUGACCCUUUCCUGUGUAUUUCACUUCCAAUCCCACUGCGACAGACCAGGGCCCUGAAUGUGACACUGGUGUUCAACAAUGAAGGUCAGCGGUUUCUGAGAGUAGGGUUGGCUGUGCCUCUGUUUGGGUCUGUCUCAACACUCAGGGCCAUGGUAGCAGAGGAGGGCAAGAUCUCUCCAGACCAGGUGAUUUUGACAGAGAUUAACUCAAAUGGGUUCCAGCGCUCUUUCUCUGAUGAAGAUGAUAUGACGAGUAUCUCAGAGAGUGAUGUCAUCUACGCCUUCCAGGCUCCACCCCUGUUCACCAGAGGAGGCUCCAUGCGAUUCUCAGGGUUCCAUCACUCCCUCCCUUCCUCCCCAUACACUGCAGAGCACGAAGGUCACAGGUUACCACCCUCAGGGACGUUAUCAUCAGAAUUCUUGAAUCAGGGUGGUUCUUCAAAGAUCCUCCUGUUACUCUGCAAUGUUGCUGGAUCUGGCCAACAAGCUACAAGGUUUGGGCCUCCGCUCCUGAUGAGAGUAGAAAGGACUCUUUCUUGGGAUCAUCUGCAACAGAGUGUCUGCAAUAAGCUUUACUCAUUUCAAAAAAAUACGAUCGUAAAGACUACUGAACUGUUUAAGAUGCGUGUGGUGGGUGGGUCGGCUUCCUGCAGUUACCUGUCUCCCUACGACAGCAGACCUCUGUGCCAUCCAACUGUGGACAGGGCCCUGAAGUUCUGUGGUCCUGGUGGUCCUCUGCAUGUGAAGCUCGUAAUUGAAUGGGAGAACAGAAUAAAAGAAUGUCUCUUUGGUAACAUUCAAGAAGAAGUUAUUGAGGAUGCAGAGAGUGUGAGAAUCCAGCAGCAGAAUCAUGUACAGCAGCACAGCUGCACUCUGGAUGAGUGUUUUCAGCUUUACACCAAAGAGGAGCAGCUGGCACCAGACGAUGCAUGGAAGUGCCCUCACUGCAAGCAGAUGCAGCAGGGGAUGGUGAAGAUGAGCUUAUGGACCCUGCCUGACAUCCUCAUUCUGCACCUGAAGCGUUUUCGGCAGGUGGGCAAACGGCGAAACAAGCUGUCCACCCUCAUCCACUUCCCUGUGAGCGCUCUGGAUAUGACACCCCAUGUGGUGAAACGCAGUCAGAGCAUGAAGAAUCUGGCCCCGUGGCCUUCAACUUGGAAACAUGGGGAUACUGACUUCCUUUACGACCUGUAUGCAGUCUGCAACCACCACGGAGGCAUGCAUGGAGGCCAUUACACAGCCUAUUGUAGGAACUCCGUGGACGGCCACUGGUACAGUUAUGACGAUAGCAGCGUGGAGCUUGUGCCAGAGGAGGAACUGUGCACACGAGGGGCAUAUAUCCUGUUCUACCAGAGAAGAAAUGUCAUCCCUCCCUGGUCUGCCAACAGCUCAGUCAGAGGUUCCACUAGCUCCUCCAUGUCAGACCACUGGCUCAUACGUUUAAAUGGUGACAGUAAAAGAGGAAGUAUGGUAUCACGGUCUUCCACAACAUGCCCUUCUUCCAUCCCAGACUCCCCAGAGUCUCCCGUCUUUCAAAAUGAGCCCUCAAUUGAGAAGAGAGUGUCUUUAGGUGGGUUCGAAAGUAGACCUUUCGUGCGAGGAAUCCAAGGGCGUAGCGUAAGCAUGAAAAGUCCCACCAAGACCAGAGUUCUCCCACUGCGAUGGUCCUUUGGAAACAAAGACCGCCACAAACCUGCCUCAGCUCCUGACCCGGCUCCUGCAGAGCUAGUGGAGUAUUUAGAGUCUGGGAGGAGGCCAAGAUGCACCAAAGACCCCAUUGUUGCCCUAAUGACUCGACCUUCAGAUAAAGAAGUCAAUAAAGGAGACGAUACGAAAAAACCUGCAGCCAAAUCUUCAAGCCACAGCAGCCUCGAACCUCUGGAGUAUCUCAAAAUACCACAGGGUCAAGAAAGAAGUAGCUCAGAGAAAGCAACAGGCCAACAGCCCAGCAGCAACAGUAGACCAAGGGAAGAUGGGACUUUAACUAGACGGAGCAGCAGAAAAUCAAAACAGGAACAAUCGCAGUCCAGAAAGAGCUCUAGUGCAGGGAUCCAAUCCAGUUCCAGUGGUCUAAGUGGCUGGGAAACCACACAGAGGAGUGACCCAGGCAAGGAGCGAGACCAACCAGAGGAUAAACAGAGAAAGGGACAGGAGACAAAACGUCACGAUAGUGUCUUCACAUUUCUCAAAGGUGGUUUCAUGAAGAAGGACUCACUUCGGAGGUCUCGAGACAAUGAAUCUGUGAAAAUGGGUGAUACGGGGGUGAAGAGCCCAUCUGGAGUUUCGCUCUCCAAUGGGACACAUAAUAGAACUUCAGAAGCUAAAGCCAAUAGCAAUAACCAAGGUCGUAGCAGACUCAGUGGUGAACUUGUGAACGGCAAGGUGAGUCGUGGGUCGUCAGACAUCAAACGGUCACAAAGUUCUUCCAAUAUUCAAAGCAAGGCUGAUCUAGGCUUAAGAAGAACAGCAUCUUUACACAGAAAUGGCACAUCGGUGGCUCAGCCACAGAGCGCACACGGGGACAGGGGCUCUCAGAACACUCCGCAACGCACACGCUAUAGCACAAAUUCACUGGGCAGAAAGAAGGCCGUGCCUGAAUCGAGCUUUUGAGACUUCACUACACCCAAAUAUCACAACAGGGUAGCAAAUAUCUAAAAGCCCAAGUAAGAAUUGUGGUAUGAAAGGUAGGUUUAAAAAUGAUCACUAAAACCUGGCAGCACACAAAUUAUGAAGUUGCACAUACAUUUGGAACUAGUGGAUGAUAAUUUUGUUCACUUGUUUCUGUUUAUAUGAAGUGCCUCUGAACCAGAGCUAUUUUUCAGAUUGUUUUUUGCCACUAGAAGUACAUUACACACUGGCCUCUACACCAUGCUUUUGAAUUGAAAAAUGAUUUGCCUCAGAUUUGAUUUUCUUGUGCCACUAAAUAUAUUUAUCACCUGUAAUACAUGAAGGAAAUUGCUAUAUAUAACUUUUCAGUUUCAUGUCUUAUGAUUCUACAGAUUGUACUGACAGGCUGCUAACCUCUCAUGGGUUUUCAUGACAUUUAACAAAGAUGUCAGUUCUUGCACUUUCAGUGAAUUUAUUGCACCAUCUGAUUUAGUCAUGAUUUCAGACUAAAACAUAAAGUUUAUUAAUUUUUUCUCUUUUUUUUUUUUUUUUUUUUGUUACAUUUACACUCUGCAAAACAACUCUUAAUGAGUAUUGUUGUCUUGUUUUCCAGUAAACUGUCAUAUGACUUCAGAAUAUAGUAACCAUCACUAAAACAAGAAAACUUUACUGGAGUAAACAUUUGCUGAAUUGAGUAUAAUUUUCUUAACACCUUGGUAAAUUAUUUUAAUCAUGAACCUAAUUUUCAUCAGUUUUAUACUUACAACAGGCAAAUUGCAGGUUUGAUAAGAAUGCACUUCAUUUAAUAAGUAUUACCCUGGUAUUUACCUUGUAUCAAUGAUUUAGAUAUUUUAACUGCACAAGACCAAAAUACUGAUUAAGAAAGUGAUUUUUCCAAUGCAGAGUUUAAAGGUUAUUAAUGCAGUAAACAUUAAGACAUUUACAAAUUCAUAUUAUAAAAUUAUUUUUUAAAAAUAUAAAAUCACUGAAACCUAAAAUGUGUGCUUUAGGUGUUGUCACAUAUAAAGAUGGCAUGUUGACAACACAUUGUAUUAGACAUAACUUAAAGAAUAGUACAACCUGAAAUGUUGUUCCAAACACAUUUUACUUUUUUUAUUUAUUUAUUUUUUUUCCAUCAAUAGACCACAAAAGGAGACAUUAGGCAGGAUGUUCAUGGUGCUCUUUUCCAUUUAAAAAAAAAAAAAAAAAAAAAGUGAAUUGUGGCCAGCAACUGUCAAGCUCCAAAAUGACAAAAAAAAAAAAAAACAUGAAUCCCUAUAAAUACUACUGUAUCAUAUCUGAUAGAUGAAUUUCUAAGGCCUUUAAAUUAUCAACCAAAUCAAAACUGAAAAACCUUCUACAUGCCCUCUGAUGGAUAGUUCCUUUUAGUAAUUGUAAAAAUGUCCACCAGUUUGUGUACACGUCUUUUUGCUGUGAAAUCUUUAAUUCAUUUUAUAAAGUAAAUGUAAGAUUUACUGGGCUGAAGCAACUUAAAUUUACUUCAUUAUCCAUAUAUUAUCAUCCAUCAUAUGGAUAAUUAUUAUUAUUAUUAUUAUUAUUAAUGUGUGAGCAUGGACGAGAAGGAGCAAGAAUCCAAAUGCAUGCACAAGUUUAUUUUAAAAACACAAAUACAGAUAAUCCAAUCGAGGAACAAGAGUACAGUCCACACAUCAGGAGCUUAUAGUCCACACAGAGAAGGCAGAAGAGCAACAACAUAGAACACACAUACACUCCCGACAAAAAUCUUGUUGAUUUACAUUACAAGAAUGUCUUACGUUUUGGCCAUAUGAAUAACAAUAUCUGUACCAAAUUGCAUAUUUUUGUCCAGUUUGGGCCUCUAAAAAAAUAUAUUUUUUCUAUAGUUCUAUAUUCUCACCAUAUCAUACUAUAUGGACCAUAAGAUCAUUAGUGAUUAAUGAUAGACCUAAAUUUCAGUCUUUUUCCUCUCACAAAAUGAUCAUAUGGCUUGGAAUUUGAAAUUUAUCAAACAUAUCAUAUGGACUACUUUUACUUUUACUACUUUUACUUACUACUUUUAGUGUGCUGUUUGAUAUUUUUGGAGCUUGACACCCCUUAAUCACCACUGGCUUUCAUUUUAUGGAAAAGAGCAGCGUGAGCAUUCUGAUGAAUAUCUUUUAGUGAAUCAAACAGGUUUAACAUGGGGGGAAUAUUCCUUUAAUCCAGCUCAUCUGAAAAUUAUUGAUGUGUUCAAAUAAUGUGGAGCUCUAGCAAUGCCAAUGACUGUGGAAUAAAGAAAAGCCUCAGUGUAAACAGUAAAGUGACCUUAGAGAAUAGACAUCCAUGACACAGAUUGUGUUUGGCUCUAAUUGCUAAAGCUACAGUCAGAAUAUGUCAUAUUGUCUCCUUCCUAUUUGGACUAAUUGGGUUCAUAUGCCCAUUAAUCUUAUGAAUAAGACAAAACUAACAAUCAUACUUGUGUAUCGCUAUCUAGCAGCAUAUAAAUAGUCUGAAUGCAGCUCAUAAAACAUUGAUAUACACUGCAAAACUCAUCCUCUUACCAAAAAUAAUAUUUUAGAAUACAUUACUCAUUAAAGGAUUAGUUCACUUUGAAAUGAAAAUUAGCCCAAGCUUUACUCACCCUCAAGCCAUCCUAGGUGUAUAUGACUUUCUUCUUUCUGAUGAACAUAAUCGCAGAAAUAUUAAUAAAUAUCCUGACGCAUUCAAGCUUUAUAAUGGCAGUGAUAGGUAUCAAUGAGUAUGAGCUGAAGAAAGUGCUUCCAUCCACAUCCGUCCAUCAUAAAUAUGUGCUCCACACAGCUCCGGGGGGUUAAUAAAGGCCUUCUGAAGCGAAGCGAUGCGUUUGUGUAAAAAAAAAAAUCCAUAUUUAAACAAGUUAUGAAGUAAAAUAUGUAGGUCCCGCCAGGCCGCCUUCCGUAUUGAAGUUGCGAAGAAAGUGUAAACUGGCGUCACGUCAGUUACACUUUUUCCAUAAGUUGAACAGGAUUGUAGGAUGUAGCGUAAGCUUUGUGAACUGCAAGAGUUUUACACUUUCUGCAUACGUUGAAUACGGAAGGCGGCUCGUGCAGAAGAUAGAUAUUUUACUUCAUAACUUGUUAAAUAUGGAUUUUUUUUUUUUUUAUUACACAAAUGCAUCGCUUCGCUUUAAAAGGCCUUUAUUAACCCCCCAGAGCCGUAUGGAGCACAUGUUUACGAUGGAUGGAUGUGGAUGGAAGCAUUUUCUUCAGCUCAUACUCAUAUUUAUGACUAUUUCUGCAAUUACGUUCAUCAGAAAGAAGAAAGUCAUAUACACCUAGGAUGGCUUGAGGGUGAGUAAAGCUUGGGCUCAUUUUCAUUUCAAAGUGAACUAAUCCUUUAACAAAGAUUUAAAUUGAUUCUUUUCUCUCAGUGUGACUGUGAGUGAAUUAAAACUCAAUCCUCACUCUGAAUCAAAUUCCCGCAUUUGUGUUUUUAACAAGACAUGAACCAAACUGUAAGUGUCCUUUUGAAUAUUGCACAUGAUAUGGUAUAUAUAGCUCCUCAAAUGCUAUUUGUUUUUCUUUGCUUGUUGGAAAAACGUGCCUCUACCACCAUUUUUGCAAAAUUCCAAAAACUUACCUAUAAAUACAAUUCACUGCAGUUUCUAGUAGCCAUAAAACAUCAACCUCUAUUUCUUUUUCACACAAAUUAUGAUUACAGGGGCAGAUUAUCAACUAAUAAAGUCUUAUUUUGCAUGGUUCCCUUGCACAAUUCAAUGUUAUGACCCAAAAUCCUUUUACCAUAGUGCAUGAUUUGUACAAGUUAAAGUUUGCAUCACAUAAACAGCUUAAUAUGUAAGGCUUUUCUUACGUAGUAAACUUGCUGGGUAGCUCACCUGGUACAGCACUUGGGAAGGAGUGCCAUGAAACAAAAGUCAUGACACUCAAUAAAUGCUCAAAGACUUGUAGAAGCAAGCUAAAAGGGCAUGGCGAAUGGGUUUUUAUCUCGUGUUUGCUUUUGUUAACACUAUCGGUUAGGUUUAUGGUACUGUUUAGUGUAGGUGGUACAUUAUUUUUAACCUUUUAGCGACACCUACCAGGGAUUUCAUUACCAAACUGGUACCGAUACGUACAACAACCAACAUAAUAAAACAUCGUCAGAUUCGGAUUCACUUGUUUCGAGGAGAGUUCAAAGCGAUUUCAGUGCCACUCACUAGAUAUUUAACUUUGAAAGUUCUGUGAUACAUGCAAGAAGCAAUGUAAUAUCAUUUUGCAGAAAUGUAUUCACAGGCACAUUUUUUCAGUGAACCUGGGUACUGUAUGCAGUAAAGUUUGAAUUGCACUGUAGAAUAUGGUUUAAUGAUUGUGGUAAAUUUAAAUCUCAGUUUACAUAUUAUUUUUGUUGAUCUGAAUAAGCAAAGAUGUGAAGUGAUGGUUUGUUUGUGUCAAUGCUCAAACUCUUUCUGCCUAGAUGUUCUGAACACAGGAUGUCAAUUUAAAAAGAAAAACAACAUACUUUUUUGUAUUGCAUUUUUGUUCAUUACAGUUCUCAAAAAGUUGUUAGGUGCUAUCACACCAGAAGAGAGAUGAUUCACAGUUCAUAUAUUGAAAAAAUCAAGUAAAAACAUUUUUUUAGCUUAAUUGAAAUCCGUGUACGAAACCUACUAAAGAUUUUUGUCAUAUUCUGUCAACAUCUAAUCAUCCCUGUUAUUCUGUUGAGUAUGUCAAAUGGUUAUGUAAAAAGCAGCAAUUACAUGACACGUAACAGGAUUUGUGUAGACACAAAGGUCUGCUCCCCAAGGGCAUUUCUUUUUUCCACUCCAAUGCUUCCAAAGUAAUCCUACUUUUCACUAUGCUUAAAAUAAUAAGCACUUGUACUGACAAGACAAUGAAUGAAGGAAUCUUACCCUGAAAUCUUCUCUUUUUUUUUUUUAUUUGGUUUUUGAGAUGUUUUAUAUGCAACUUUUAUAAACAUUUUGUAAUGUCUUUGUAUGUGUGUAUGUAUAAACAAAAAAAUCUAUUGUUAAUCUAUCUGGGAACAGCAUAUGUAGGGAUAGAUUAUAUGUACAAUUCAAAUUAUCUUUGAAUUAUUGCACAAGGGUACAUGUUCUGUUAAGAUGACUACAUACAGGUUUGUGUGGACCUGUGUCUACAAUAAACUGAAUAUAAACUGAUAUAUUUUUGUAUAAUUGCUGAAAUUAAAAAGACAUUGGUACUCA